UCAAUAUGGCGAACCGCGACAAAGGACGCAAAAAGUGGGGUGGAUUUUCACAAGGUACUUUAAAAGAAAUAACAUUUUCACGGGAUUGUGUCAAAAUUUUAUGGUGAUUUUGUGAGCCAAAUUCAUAAAUAAAUAGUUAUAGGGCCUGCACAUACAAGUCUCCAGCAAUUUCCGUUGGAUAAACCCAUAAAGCUAACCUCAACCAAACAAGCUAACCUAAAAAUAGUGUACAAAGCUUUAAAUUGGAAAAAGAAAAAUCAGUAGGAAUGCGUGGUGGAUGCAAUAGAGCACCGCAAGCUUUGUAUAGACCAGGGAGCGGUCCACUUCGAAAAUCUGAGAAAUUUGCCGAUGACUUUGAUCAUGAAAAUAAUUCACAAGUAAAAACAAAGUCAACAUCCGUCCAACAUCGUUUAAAGCAAUCUCAGUCUAAUAGAUGCAGUCAGUUGCACCACAGUCCACCGCCUCCUCAUGCAGAAAGUCUAAAUGAGAAAUUGAAUGAUAUGCAUAUUAAUUUUAAAAGUGAUAACAGUGAUCAAAUGCAGGAAGGUUUUAAAAGUAACUAUGGUGGAGAUCCAAGAAGGAAAAGCAGGAAGCCAGAACAGCAAUUGUACGUACCUAAGAAAGUGAAGGAAGCAUUGGCAGAACAGGAUGUAGCGAAUAGGUUUGAUCGUGAUCAUGAAAGAGAGGAAAGUGAAGAUCGUGAUUCUCAUUCCAAUCGUAGUUUUAAAGUUCAUAAACAUCGUAAUCGUUCAGAUGGUCGUAAUGGACGAAAUGAACACAACAAACGAUUUUUGGGUAACCGCAGGAAUCAUACCAAUGAAAAUGAAGAGAGUUGGAGAUCGGAGUCUCCAUUGUCUGCUAAAAAUUAUGGCAAUAGAAGAGAUAAUCUUAGAGAAGUUAGACAGGGUUCAGAACCACUUUUUGUAACACCAAACAACCCAAGUGAUUUUUCUCGUACUCGGGAUACACGUAGUGUAGAACCAGCUGGAUAUCCUGACAAGUAUCAGGGUAAACCACCUUCAGGCAAAAAAUGUGUUGCUAACAAGCUAGAGUAUCUACCACCACGUUUUCAAAAGAAAUAUUUGAUUGACAACGGUUUAGCACUGCCUAACACUUCUCUUGGUUCUACAGUCGAAGAGACUUGGAAUGGCACUACUGGUUCAUCAGUUUAUUAUUCAUCUGAAAUUCAACAUUCUCAAACUAUGCAAAACUUGCCAACUUCUGGUCCAUUACCUCCUCAACCUAGUUGGUCUAAUACUGUACCUGUACGAAGUAGGGGUAGAGGUAGACUUAGACCGGAAGAAAUAGAAGGUCCAACCAAUACGUUUAGACCCGUUACUCCGGAUCAAUGCUCUGCUCCGAGUUCCAGAUCUCAUACUCCCAGUCAGGAAUAUACAAAUCGGUCUUAUGAUCGUCGUGGUAGUAAUAGUACUAUGUACACAAGUAUGGAAAGUUUAAGUCGUGCUGAUAGUGUAGUGAUGCCAUCAUCAACCUAUGCAUUAUCUAAUUCAAAUAGAAGUCAGAUUUCAUCUGAAGAACGUCAUAGUGCAUCAUCUCCAAUUCCUUUACAGCACCGUACUUAUGAUGAACAAAGAGUAAACAAUUCUAAUGAACGCAAAUCCAUGGAAAAAUAUCGUAGUCAGCAAAUGCUAAGUCCAUCAAAAAGUGAAUCGUUUAGUCCAUUACCUGAUAGGUCAACAGAACGUACUCUUGAUUGGAGUGAGGAGGUUGAAUUAAAUGAAAAAUUAGAAGCACAACACCUGAGUCGUAGUUCAUCUAUGCAAAGUUUACGCGAAAGUGUAAGUUCAUCUGGAUUUCAAUCAAAAAGAGAGGGCAACAGACGGGGAAGAAGAAAGCACGAUAAGAAAUCUACAUUUGAUUGUAACAAUAGUUCAGAUAAAACACGAGCGAAUAGUCGUGAUUGUCAAAAUGAUGAACAGAGUAGAGAGAAUGACAGUUAUAAUAAUAAUCAAAAAAAUAGUCAUAAUUACAAAAGAUAUGAUCAUAGAAGACAGCGCAAUAUAAUUCAACGUAGUCGUGAAUCUAGUAAAGACAGAAAUUAUCGUAGUAGCAGUCGACAUUAUGAAGAAUUGCAUAGACCAAGACCAGCAGAUCGACAUUUAGAUGAAAAUUGGAGAACUGGACGAAAAAUGUCAAUAUGCGAUUCAGAUGAGGGAAAACAAACUCCUAAAGUAUCUCCUCAUACUAUCCCUACUCCUUUACCAAAUACAAAUUCAAAUUCAAAUUCAACAAUACGACAAGCUUCUCCUACAGGAUAUACCAAUACCCAACCACCAGGGGUUUUGGUUUUACCAGAAACAAAUCAAUCACCACCUAACCCUUCUGUUUCUCGGCAACAAGGGUCUCAACAGCAACGAACAUUGUUCGAUCCGAAUAAUCCUAAUAAGCCCAUAGUUGUUACUUCUCCUGGUAGUAGAGCUGUUUCACAAAGAGAGAAUCAAACGUCCUCUCAAAUUAGUAUUCCUGUUUUUCAAUCUCAUACGGGCAUAGCACCUUAUAAUAAUUUUCAUACAACAUCAGUAGACGGAAAUUCUUUACCAUUUCUGAUGGAUCAGUUCGGCAAUAUGAAACCUUCUUGGUACGAUCCGUGUUCAGACAGUUUCCGAUCUGCAAAAAAUCCUUGCCUUCUGCUUGACAUAUACAGAGCUGACUUAGAAUUACAGUGGAUGCUAAGUUCUGGCGGUUUCUUAGCAAAUUGGGAAAGGGUGUCCUAUAUUAGACAUUUUCUUCAGGAUAGCUUGCUAACAUUGCUUAAGACUGAUAUCAAGUUCUGUCAAGCUGAAAAUGUUGAACAACAUUUUUGGAAAAUAUUAUUUUACAAUAUGAUUGAAAUGUUGAGGAAAGGAAUGUCUAAAGAUAGUCCAGAAAGCAAAGAAUUUUACAAAAAGACAAUGCUGAGUAUUAUUGAUGAGGGCACUGUAUAUUUGGAAAAUUUAAUUACAGUACUUGAAAAUACGUAUGACUUCAAGGUACAAGCAUUUCUCGCAUCAUCUACGUUACCUAAAGGUCUUGGAAUCUUGGGUCUAGCCUUAGUGAGCGCACAAAAAAUAUUCCUGUUUCUGGGUGACUUAGCAAGGUACAGAGAACAAGCGAAUGAAACUACAAAUUACGGGAAAUCAAGGCAGUGGUACUCAAAAGCACAACAAAUUAAUCCAAAGAAUGGAAGACCUUAUAAUCAACUUGCUUUAUUGGCACAUUAUGCUAAACGAAAAUUGGACGCAGUAUAUUAUUAUAUGCGAUCUCUUAUGGCAUCCAAUCCUUUUCACUCAGCUAGGGAAAGUUUGCUAGCACUCUUUGAUGAGAAUAGAAAAAAGUAUCUACAUUAUUACGAAUCUACGGAACGUAAACGUAAGGAAGAAAGAGAAUGGAAGGAAAGAGCCAGAAUGAAAGAAAAAGAAGGAGCAAAUAACGUUGGAGGAGGAUUACGACGAGAAAUCUGGUUUCAUCCAGGUGGUAGAAGAGUUAGGCGUACAACCACUGCGGCUAGUACCUCAGAUUCAAGAUUGGCACAAAGUGAUUUAGAAGAAUUAGCACAAUUAACGAGUGUUGAGGUGAAUAAACGUUUUGUUACAUCCUAUCUUCACGUACACGGAAAGUUGAUCACCAAAAUAGGAAUGGAAACCUUUCAAGAAGCCGGCGUACAGAUGUUAAAAGAAUUCAGGGCUCUGCUGCAACACUCGCCGUUACCGCUUCCUGGCACGCGCUUGCUACAACUCUUGGCUCUGAACAUGUUCGCAAUCGAGACGACACAGCUAAAGGAUACACAAAUGGAACAGGGAUACCGAUCGGAGGUUCAGGAACGUGCUCUUAUCGUCUCUUUGCAAAUGUUCAAUUUAAUUUUGGAACGUGGAGUAUCUUUAUUGAAAGCACAGUUGGAUAGUGGAGAGGAACCUCGAUUGGUCGUCGGAGAAGAUAUGCAGGUCCUUUUACCUGCUAUUAAGAUUUGGUGCGAUUGGAUGCUGUGCCAUAGUACCGUCUGGAAUCCGCCACCUUCGUGCACAGAUUAUAGAGUUGGACCACCUGGAGACGCUUGGAGUAGAUUAGCAACAAUGGCUAAUCUUUUGGAUAAGCUCAAUUACACCAGAACUGUUUUGAUCCAAGCGAAAGAAGCUGAGGGUCGUGAAGACGAACUAGAAUUGGUGAAGUUGCCAGAAGAUACGACAUUGGCAGGAUUCACGCCGUUAAUGUCAAAUCCUCAAGAACCUUGUUACGUAGAGAAGACGGAAGACAUGGAUAUCGCUCAGGUCUGUCUAAGGAUAAGCAAGGUGCUCUUCUUCGGUCAAGUAUUUCUCUGCGGACUGGAGACACCGGUGUUGAAGUUACAAAAGAACGAAAGCGGUAUGAGCGAAUAUGUAUCUGUGGUAGAAGCAUCCAGCACCAGUUCACCGAGUUCACCACCUGAACAGAGCGAUUCGGAGUUAUUAGUGGAAAGUUAUAGCGAGGACGAGAACGAGCCAGUUUCCACAAUGAAGAGAUUGCCUUUGAACAGUGACGUACUCGACGACAACGGGGCGCCUGUGGCUCUCGGAGAGAUAAGAUCACUGAUCGAACGGAAGGAGGAGCUCGAAAGGAAGCAACGGAAGCAGGAUCGUCACCGACAACGAGUCCAGGCAAUCUUAAAGAAAUCUUCGGUAUCGGUGGAAAUAGAAGUGAAACCAAAACAAUUGGUACCAGACACCAAUUGUUUCAUCGAUUAUUUGCCACAAUUGCAGACUAUUACUAAAGCAACCUCUGGAGCACAGCCCGUGUAUACGUUGAUGGUACCAUUAGUGGUUCUAAACGAAUUGGAAGGUUUGACAAGAGGCGCCGAUGCCAGGGAUUGCCCACCGGCGUCGAGAGCGACUUUGAAUCCUGAACAUGUAGCCAGAGUGGCAGAAAGUGCAAAAGCUGCAUUGGCAUUUGCUAGAAGCCGAAACCCGGCGAUUCGAUGUUUGACCACGAGAGGAACCGUCUUAACUUCCAGUACCUUUACCGUUGAAGAAGACGUCGAUAAGGAUAAAUUGACUAGAAAUGAUGACAGAAUUCUGGCUACGUGCUUGAGUUUGUGUAGAACAGGCAUCAAAGAACUUAAUAAUCCAGAGGAGAAUCACCAGCCCCGACGUCUGAAGAGAGAAGUCGUGCUGUUGACGGAAGACAGAAAUCUGAGAGUGAAAGCCCUCGCUAGGGACGUGCCGGUGAGAGAGGUACCCGACUUCAUGGAAUGGGCUGGCCUCGGUUGAGACGACUAUAACUUCGUGACCAAAUAUUCCCACUGAUGAAACAAAUAUCCCGUUCCCCGCCGCGCAAACUGAGACCAUAAACUUAGACCAAGAGUACAGCAAAGAAGAGAGGAAAAGAGAAAAAGAAGAGCGUUUCUCUUCACAUUGUUGAACCAAUAAAUCCUUUGUAAAGGAAAAACGCGUUAACGAAAAACGUGUUUUUAUUUUUUAUUUUUACGUAAGUUCAUCCCCUUUAAAAAAAAGGAAAAAUAGAAGCAAAACGAAAGAAAGAAACUCGAACUUACAUAUCGCGUGGUCGUUACUCUUUCUGUUGUUUUUGUUCCUCUUUGCAAAAAUGUUCAAACAUUAGUCACAAUGUUUGUACAAGGUUCUGCACGUUCGCUUUAAACAUAGUAAAUUAAAAAAAAAAAAAAAAAAAAAAAAUAGUAGAAGCUGCCGAGAAUACAGAGCGUUAAGUAUUUAACCUAAAUGAUAUAUUCAAAUCUUCAGUUUAAAGAUACCUUUUUACAGAUUCUGAGACCGCAAUACUUUUCAUUGCAUUUCUGAAUGCUAAUUUCUCCGUAUUCUCCUUUACUUAAGAUAUUUCAAGAAAAAUCUAGAUAAAACGAACGUAAGGAAAGUAUCGAUCAUGAGAUAUUAAGUCCGGUUCUUAAGGGAAAGUAGAUUUGAUAGGACCGUGUUCAGGAAAAGUGUUUGCUUAAAAAUACGAAUAAAUGGAAGCGGUUAAUCAAAAGUUGGGAAUGUUAAAGAGACAGAAAACAAGGAAAGAGAAAAAAAAAGAAACAAAUGUUAGCAAGAAUAUUGAAUCUUGACAGUUUUUACACAUUUUAUUCUUCUUAGGCUCGUUUUAUCAAAGAGGGUCAUCUAUUGUGACCGAAUUUGUUGUAUAUCAUCCUUUUAAAUCGUAUUUGUAUGAAUACAUAUUUGUACAAGUUUUGAAUAUUUUGCAUAUAUUCUACAAUGUCUGCACUAAAUAUAUAUUGCACUCGUUGUAGAUUGUGCGAUUGGCGCAAGUCAUGUCUCUUCUUUUCUUUAUAUUUCUGUCAUUUUUCUUUUUUAAUCUCUUCUUGUUUGAUAUAUCCUCAUACAGAGUAGUUCAAUUAUAAAAACAUUUAUAAUAAUCUGGGUAGUAUCUUUUUUAUUCCAGUUUUUAAAUGACGUUAAACGCUAUUAAAAUAUUCUUUUUAUUCAUUCUUUUAGUCGCGUUUACAUUUAUCGGUUUCGUAGAGUCACUGAUAUGGCUGCGAUGAUGUAUUAUCAAUGGUUCUCUUUUAGUCCCGAUUUUUUUUUCUUUUUAAAUAAAAAAAAAAUAAUAAUAAAAGUAUUUUUAUUAAUAGAUUAGAAAUGUAAUUUAGUUUUCAAAUACUGAAAUAUUCUGUACGAGACACUAAUUUACUUUUAACUUUACCCUGUUUAAUUAAAUAUUAUUUAGAUGUUAAUUAGAAAAAAUAUAAUGAAAGCCUUCGGGAGAGCUAGUUUUCUUUCGUUACGUUUCAUAGUAUCUGCAAAAAAUUAUACCACUGUUCGUACUUAUAUGUAUAUACAUAUAUGCAUUAUAUGUAUUUUAUCAGUGAUAUAUUAUUAAAUCGUUUAAAUGAAUAAUAAUAAAAGCACCGAAUUGUACGAAGUAAAGGCUGAUUAGAUGGUAAUAAUUCUGUAAGACGGAGAAAAUCGAUCGUAACGAGAAAAAAAAAA